AUGCUGCAUGGCAAGUGCGGCGGAAACCCGACUCUGCCCUGCAUGGAAAAGGACAAGUACGGUAACCCGAGGUGCAAGCGCCAGUUUCCUCGCGAAAAGAACCCCCAUACCCGCAUGCACCUUGAUGGCUACCCGUUGUAUCGCCUACGCUUUCGCCACGCCGUUAUUAAGGGGGGGGGGGGGGGGGGGGUCAUCUACAACGAUGGUGACUGCGUGCCGUACUCGCCUUAUCUCUCAGCCAGGUACAACGCGCAUAUCAACGUGGAGGCUGUGACAACAAUCGGCGCGAUCAAGAACCUCUUCAAGUCUGUGUACAAAGGUCCGGAUCGAGCUGUGGCGCGUGUUGAGCGUGCAGCGAACGGUGAAGGGGCUCGCGAGGAGGAACCGGUUCGACAUGAGAUUAGCGAGUUCGUCGAAGGUCGCUACAUCAGAGAUCGAGCUCGACUGCGCAAAGGAAAAAUGCAAAUCGUUGGUCGUCAGCCUGCCCCGAGCCGCCUCGAAGAGCGCGGGUCUCAAGUCAACGUCACGAGCACCUACUCUCACUCUGAGAAGGACAACACUGGCAAUCUUGUCGACGAGGAGCGUAAUCCCAUGUCCAACUUUUGGGUUGCGGUCUGCAUCAUCGCCUGA